CGGGGCUGCGUAUGGAGGCGUGUCCUCGCGGGAGGGCGGGGCUCGGCGGGGCGGGCCGGAAGCGGCGCGGAAGGCGGCGGCGGUUCCGGCUGUUCCGGUGGCGGCGAUGAGCUUCGCGUGGCCCUGGCAGUACAACUUCCCGCCCUUCUUCACGCUGCAGCCCAACGGCGAGACGCGGCAGAAACAGCUCUCGGCCUGGUGCGCGCUGGCCCUCGCCUACAGCCAGCGGCAGCGCCUGCCCGCCAUGACGGUGCGGGAGGCCCAGGACAGCCCGCUGUUCACCAACCACCGCCUGCAGCGGAAGCUCCCGUUGGAGUCCGUCCAGGUGGUGCUGGAGGAGCUGCGCAAAAACGGAAACCUGGAGUGGUUAGAUAAGAACAAAACCAGUUUUCUGAUCAUGUGGAGAAGACCAGAAGAAUGGGGGAAGCUCAUCUAUCAGUGGGUGUCGAAGAACGGCUUGACCAACUCCGUAUUCACGCUGUACGAACUGGCCAGCGGAGAUGACACACAGAAUGAAGAGUUCCACGGCUUAGACGAGGCGAUGCUGCUCCGCGCCCUGCAAGCCUUGCAGCAAGAGCACAAGGCUGAAAUUAUCACGCUGGACGAUGGCCGAGGUGUCAAGUUCUUCUGACGGGAGCCCCUCUGCUCCUCCCCGGCUGCUGACGUGGGUUUCGCCGGGAAGGUUCGCUCUCCUGGCCCCGUUUCAAGCCCUGACGGCGAGCAGCUGCGUACUGGGGAUUUCUUGGGGGCAAGGAGAAUCCGCGAAGCCUUCCAAAGACGUGACUUCGUAGAAGUAUUCGGAGAUCCUCUGUCUUUUCUCCCUGGUGAUUGUGUUUGAGAGGCUAAAGCUGCUCUUGGUAGUUCUGAGCGGGGACCACCCAGAAGUGGAAGAAUGGGACUGCUGCUGUUGCUGGUCCCCGCUCCUGGGAAGGCCACGGAGCGGCUGGUCCAGCUUUGGCCUCCAAGGGCAUCUCCUUCCCUCCUGCCAGCCCUGGGUUGGGCUCUGCCGCCCCGGCUGCGCUGCCAAUGGGCUGGAAACAAGCGCAAGGAUCUCACCGUCACUGCUGCGCUGGAGAAGACUGAUCUGUGCAGCGGGGGGCGGAGGCCAAGGAGCUAAUUCGAAGUAAUUAAAAUGAGAUGUAUUUAUAGAGCA